AUGGCGGAGGGUCGGCUGCCCAUCGAGCGGACGCUGAUUUUGCUGGACACCAACAAAUUCCAGGGUGAUGAGGAGGCUGUGGAGCUCUCCUUUGCCCUGAAGACCAAGAAAGAUGGUGGCGCCUUCGCGGCCAAUCGCACCGUGCAGACCCUGUGCGUCGAGGGCAUCUCCGAGUACUGCCGCAUCAUGUACGACGUCUUUCCCGAAGAUGCACUCGUGUCUGUUAUGACCGCGGGCGAGGAGACCCAGCGGUUCAACUCGUGGGCGGCCGAGCAGCAGUGCAUGAAGCAGAUCAUGGAUGGGUUCGCGGGCAGCUCCACGAGCGAGGCCACCCUGGGCUGGAUCUCGGAGGCGCUCGACCAGGCCGUCGCGACCCUCACCGAGCCGCUCGCGCAAGAAGGCAAGCCACAGUACAAGAACCGAACACGCCUCAUCGUCAUCCUGCAGCACCAGCCCUCGACCAGUCUCUACAGUUUCUUUGAUGGGGCAGAAGAGGGCGAGGCGGUGGAGGAGGCGACGAGGGACAUGACCCAGCUCCUGGACACACUCAUCGCCGAGGCCAACGCCGCGGCUUCGUCCACCACCUUCUCGCUACAGGCAGGCGAGGACGAAGAGGACACCAACCUACGGCCGAGAGCCAUCGAACACUGCGAGCUGGUGUUGCUGCGGCUGCGGGACGUGGCCGACGUUAGGGACUGCACGUCGCACCCACCGAUCAAGGUAUCGAACCACUUGACGGCGUACCUGCACGAGGUGUCGCCCGCGCAGCUUCCCGACGUGCUGUCGGACCUGUCCAUACUCCACUUCAACCUCUCAGUGACGGGCAUUCCGAUGAAGGAGUCGUCGUCCGACUCCACGCGUGCGAUCUACGACGUGGUGCUCCUCCACCCGAUGGAGAACCAGAACCCCUACGCCUGCUACUUCUCCACGCCCCGGAGCCAGGAAGACAUCGUCGCCGAGUGGGCUAAAACGAGCCACUACGUGCUGGGGUCCCAUCAGCAGCGCCUGGCCCACGAGCUCGUCGUCCAGUGGAAAACCACCCCCAAGGGCGUCACCGCCGGUCACAUCCUGUCGGACAAGGUGGUCACCCUCAUCACCCCCGACCAGUCCACCUACCAGGAGGGCAAGAUCGUCAAAGCCGUGAAGGCGUCGUCGCCGAUUCCGGCGAGCCAUCUGCUGCACGCCCACCACGGGGACGUGUUCCUGCGCCGCCUGCACGCCCCGCUCAACUGUACUGAGAUCAACCUCGACCGCAUCUACUCCGUGCCUCUCCACAACCUCCGGGUCAAGAGCCUGGCGCAGGUGGUGGAGGCCAACACGCACCUGCGGUUGUCCAAGCUGCGACAGUCCAACAGCAAGAAGCAGGGCGCCGCCAAGGCCGGCGUCAAAACCCGGGCCAAGAAAAAGCUGGAGGUGGACCAGAUGGACCUGGAGGAGAAGCAGCUGCGGGAGCGGCCCAAGCUGACCCACAUCGAGGCCCCCGGCAUGCGCUACAUCACCACCGAGACCAUGGAACGCAUGACGCGCGUCUUCCCUCCCACCAAGAACACGACGCUCAUCUUCGGGAAGGAUAGAUCGAAGGAGCUGAAGCAGCUGCUGCGCCCCUUCAAGCACGCCUUCCUCCAGAAGGAGAACCUCUCCGAGGACAUCAAGGAGACCGUCAUCGAGAGCGUGACGCGGCUUUACCAGCUGUCGCACGCCAACGACAUUCGCGUAUUCCCUCAGUUCGCCGGCUCGCAGCCUAACCGCAAGGAGGCGUACAGGCAGCUGUGGCUGGAGCUGCUGGCCUACGGCGAGCGGAUGAGCGCCAACGCGGCCCACCAGCAGAUCAUCGCCGCCAUGCGCUCCCUCUGGCCCGUCGACCAGCCCCCCGACGUCGCCUCCGACGCCACCACCGCCGCCAACGCCAAUGCCCAGCGCGCCUCGCCCGCAGCCCACCCCCAGCCCUCCGCCUCGCCAUCGCCAUCGUCGUCGGCGUCGGCGUCGAGCCCGCGAUCGGGCGGUGGCCAGCCGCCGCACCAUCAGCGGACCGACCCGCGAAUGAAGGUCAACGACGCGCUCAAGGGCCGCGUGCGGGCCAAGAGCGGCGGCGGCGGCGGUGGGAAAGGAGGGAACAAGGGCAAGAGCCCGCGGCCGGACCGGGACCGACCGGAGCGGGAGGGCGCCGGCGUGAAGGAGUGGGAGGGCGGCAUCGGUGGGGCCGACGUCGAGAUGACGGCGACGGCGACGUCGACGUCAUGGCAGGAGCUGGAGCGGUUCGAGAACAUCGAGAAGCUGCGCGAGAAGGGCCGGGAGGAGAUGCCAGACCCGCGAGCGACGCCGGACAAGCGCGGCGGCGGCCGCAAGCGCGAGAGGGAGCCGCCGUCGCCUGCCGGUGGCGGCGUGGAUGGGUCGGCGGCGUCGUCCGUGUUCAACCUCUUCUACGCCUCCAAGCAGAACCGCCUCUCCAAGAAGCUCGUCGAGUUCGACGGCCGCCUCACCACCGACUAG